UCCCUCCCUCAGCGACGAACAAACCCGCGCCUUUCCUUGGCAAUACCAAGCUGCCUGCUACGCGCGGCGGGGGAGCUGAUUUCCUGAGCUUAGCCGCUUUCUACAGCGCGGUGCCUCAACAUGGCAGCGGGCAGGAAGGGCGCCAACGACAUCCUGACUGUCUUCGUGUACGACCGGAGGCAGGAUGAGUCGGACGACAGCGAGAAAGUUCUUAACUGUCAUGAGGAAAGCUAUGAGCGUUUUCGCAACGCCGUGUGCCAGGCAUUUGGCAUUGCCUCAGAUGAAGCAUUUGUAAUCACAACAACUAGCAGACAACAAAUCACCAGUGAAAACUUUGGUGGAAUUGUUCAAGACAGAAUGACUUUCUACUUGCUACAGUCAGUUGAUCAAUCACUCCCUUCUGCAACAAAGGAGCGUAUUGAUUUCCUACCACAUUAUGAUACACUUGUGAAAAGUGGAAUGUAUGAAUAUUAUGCUACUGAAGGGCAAAAUCCUCUGCCAUUCGCACUUGCAGAAUUAAUUGAUAACUCUUUGUCAGCUACUUCUCAAAAUACUAGUAUUCGAAGCAUACAGUUAAAACUGUUAUUCGAUGAUGCCCAGGGAAAGCCAGCUAUUGCCGUUAUAGAUAAUGGAAGAGGUAUGACUUCUAAACAACUUAAUAAUUGGGCUGUAUAUCGGUUGUCAAAAUUCAUACGGCAUGGUGACAUUGAAAGUGAUCAUUCAGGAUAUGUACGCCCUGCAGCAGUACCUCGCAGUUUAAACAGCGAUAUAUCAUAUUUUGGAGUUGGUGGAAAACAAGCAGCGUUUUUUGUUGGGCAAUCAACCAGAAUGAUAAGCAAGCCUGCAGAUGCUCAAGAUGUUCAUGAACUUAUCCUUUCUAAAGAAGAUUUUGAAAAAAAAGAGAGAAAUAAAGAAGCUAUAUAUAGUGGAUACAUUAGAAACAGGAAGCCUUCUGACUCUUCCCAUAUUGAUAAUGACGAUGAACGAUUCCUGCACAAUCUUAUUUUGGAAGAAAAGAACAAAGAAAGUUUCACUGCAGUCGUUAUUACUGGAGUACAACCAGAUCAUGUGUUGUAUUUAAAAAACAACUUUUACCUUUGGACAAGGCAGCUGGCGCAUAUAUAUCAUUACUAUAUACAUGGGCCAAAAGGAAAUGAAAAUAACUCUCCAGUGAAGGAAUUAGGAACUUUCAACAGUAUUGAUAUUGAGAUUUCAAUAUUUGAAAAAGGAAAGACACCCAAGAUUGUGAAUCUUAAUGAAAUCAAAGAUGAUAUGCAGACCUUAUAUAUAAAUACAGCUGCUGAUAACUUUGAGUUUAAGGCUCAAGUCGAAGGAGAAGGUGUAGUGGAAGGCAUUAUUCGUUACCAUCCUUUCUUGUAUGAUAAAGAAACCUAUCCUGAAGAUCCUUGCUUUCCUUCAAGGUUAAAAGAAGACGAUGAUGAAGAUGAUGAUUUAAUAGAUAAGGGAGGCAGAGGAAAGAGACCUAUUUUUGAAUGUUUUUGGAAUGGAAGAUUAAUACCCUACACAACUGUGGAAGCUUUUGAGUGGUGUGCUUUUCCCAAGAAAAGAGGGAUUGUUCCAGUGGAAUGUUACAACAGAAUUUCUGGAGUAUUAUUUACAAAUGAUAAAUUUCAAGUCAGCACAAACAAGCUGACUUUCAUGGAUUUGGAGCUAAAGUUAAAAGAUAAGGAUACACUUUUUACCAGAGUCGUCAAUGGACAGGAACAGAGAAUGAAAAUUGACAAAGAAUUUGCAUUGUGGCUCAAAGACUGCCAUGAAAAAUAUGACAAACAGAUAAAAUUCACUCUUUUUAAAGGAAUAAUUACACGCACUGAUCAGCCCUCAAAAAGAAUGCAGAGUCCUUGGGCAACAUACUCAGCAAUAGAAUGGGAUGGAAAAAUAUAUAAAACUGGGCAGCUGAUAAAAACAAUUAAAACAGUUCCAAUAUUCCAUGGAAGUAUACUGAAUUUUUUUUUAUAUGGAGACCAUGAUGGAGAUGUGUAUGCUACUGGGGGAGAAGUUCAGAUAGCUUUGGAACCUCAGGCGUUGUAUGAUGAAAAAAAGAUUAUUGCAAUUUGCAAACUUGAUCGUUCAGUAUCGGACAAAGCAGUGAAGAAAUACAUUGAGGAGGAAAUGGCAAAGCUUCCUGAUAAGUUGUCGGUAACAUGGCCUGAAGGAGAUGAAUUGUUACCAAAUGAAACGAGACAUGCAGGAACUACCAUAGGUGCAUUAAGAAUUGAAAUCUUGAAUAAAAAGGGAGAAGCCAUACAAAAGCUUCCUGGUACAAGUCAUGGGGGAUCAAAGAAACUACUUGUGGAACUCAAGGUUAUUUUACAUUCCCUUGAUGGAGAUAAGGAAAUAAUUUCUCAUAUCAGUCAGCAUGGGGGUAAAUGGCCUUACUGGUUCAAAAAAAUGGAAACUAUUAAUAAACUUGGAAGCUACACUCUGAAACUGCAAGUUGUGUUGAAUGAAAGUAAUGCAGAUACUUACGCCGGAAGAUCUCUUCCAUCUAAAAUAUUUAAAUUCAAUAUAAUAGCGGGAAAGCCUCAGAAGUUUUCAAUAGGUCUUUUGGAUCCUCCAUUUCGUGUUGGAAUUCCAUUCAUUAUUCCAUUAAGCGUGCAAGAUGAAUUUGGUCAUGAUGCUUAUCUGACCGAUGAUAUUGUACCACAACUUGAGGCUAGUGGUUUAACGUUAAAGUAUGAAGAAGUAGAUAGAGGAACAAACUACGUUAUAAAAGGUGUUGUUGCUAAAGGACUUGUGAACAGCUACCAGGGAAAGAAUUUUGCACUGAAAAUUAUUCUUCCUGGAUUGAAGGAAGAAUCGCAGGUUUUGAAAAUUAAACUUCUCCCAGGCCCUCCUCAACGGCUAAAUGUCAAACCAGAUUCCAACAUCUUGAAAGUUGAAAAUGGGACAGCCUUCCCUUUUCAGAUUGAAGUGCUGGAUGAAGUAGGAAACAUAACAACACAACCAAAACUAAUUGUUCAUUGCAAGUUUUCAGGUGCUCCAGACCUUCCUGUAUAUGCUGUGGAUUGUAGCAAUGCUGGGUUGAAUAUCUUAACAGGACCAAAUUUGCGUGUACAAAAUAUAAAGAAAGAUCAGACACUUAAAGCAAAGAUUGAAAUACCUAGUUGCAAAGAUGUGCCACCAGUGGAAAAGACUAUUAAAUUGCUUCCCAGCAAUCGUGUUGCAAAACUACAGGUUUUUAGUAUGGAAGGGGAAAAAGCUACUCAGAUCAAGCACCAGGACGAAAUUAGCUGGAUUGCAGGUGACGUGAUGCAGAAUCUUAUCUUCCAAAUGUAUGAUGAGAUUGAAAGAGAGAUCAUAAUAACACCAGCUUUGGCAGAAAAAAUUAAGGUAAAUUGGACUCCGAAGAUUAGUCGAGAACAACUGAUUAAAGGAUUGUUGCCUGAUGUAAAAGUACCAACAUCUGUAAACGAUGCGCGCUAUUGUCAAGUUACAUUUCUUGAUGACCAUGUAUCUCUGGAAAGUGCAUUUAUAGUCAGGCCACUUCCUGAUGAGGCAAAGCACAUUAAAUGUAAACUGAAAGGAUCAAAUGUAUUACAAAUGGGUGAAAAACUGCAAGCUGAAAUUGAGGUAAUGAUUACAGAUCAGCAUGGAAACCAGAUUCAAAACCUGGCAUCAUCUUCUGUGAAUUCUUUGGGAAUUUCUGGGAAUGGUCUGGAUAAGACAGAUCUGAAAAUUAUUUGGCAGGCAGAUUCACAAAUAUUCUGUGUUAAAGGCAUCAAGUUUAAACCAGGUCAUCCUGGAAUCAGAGAACUGUGUUUUGCUUGGCAUGAAUUUUCUCACUUCUUGAGAUUAGACAUGAUUGCAGGACCUCCAGCAAAAAUUAUUCUUAUGGAUUGGACAGACUUAGAGGAAUCUGUGUCGGUGAUUAAUGGCAAAGAGCUGCCAAAAUCUCUUACAGUCCAGCUCUGUGAUCAGUGGGAUAAUCUAUCUCCUGAACCAAAUGUCAAAAUCAGCCUUGUAAAGUCAAGCAUCAUGAAGAUCACUCCUUCAAAUCAGCUGUAUAAAACAGAUGAAAAUGGCAGAGCAAAUUUGGGAGUUCUUAUCAUUCAUGCUCCUAGAGGAGAGCAUAUACUGCAACUUAAAGCAACAUACAACAAGACUAUGUUAGAUUGUCCAGUAAUCAAGUUAAAUGUUCUUCCUGACCCAGAUAAACCUGUAUUCUUGAAUGUCAAGUAUGACAAGAAAGCUGCCUUUGCAGCUGGAAGUACCUUUCCGGAUUUCAUGAUCAGUGUUAUUUCUGAAGAUGGUAACGUUAUUAAAAAUAUAAAUCCUGGAAGAAUUUCUAUGAAAAUAUGGGAAGGGGACAGUAGUGAUACCCGAUUAUCAAAUGUUACAACAUUUGGCUGUACCAAAACUAAGGAUGACAAAGAUGAGGGCUUUUUUUACUUCAGGGACAAAAUGGUUCCAGAGCAAGUGGGCACAGUCAGCAUCCAGUUUGCUUUUGCCAUUGACAAAGUGAACAUACUUAGCAGCGAACAGAUUAUAGUUGAAGUAGUGCCUAAUGAACCAGCACAGUUGAUGCCAGCAUCUUUGCCACAUACUCCUGUAGUCUCUAAUGCCGACUCUGUUGCCAGCCGGACCCUUGUGAAGGACUUGAGCCUCAUUAUAGUGGAUAAAUACAAAAACUAUACCGGGAAUGACUUAGAUGGAAAAAUCAUCGUUAAAAUUAAAAGUUCCUCUGAGAAAGAUGCAGACAUUCCACUGUUUCAGGGUAAAACUAGUACAGUUGAGUUUCCAUUUCACAAAGGAACUGUUGAAAUUGAGGAUCUUGUGCUGGCAGAAAAUAGUCCAGGAAGAGAUAGUACUGAAUAUAUUCUUGUGUUUGAGCCAAUCAUACCAACUUUGAAAGGAUAUCUGAAACCUUACUGCCUUCCAUUUAUGUUUUACAAUGAUUUUAAGAUGCAACAGCAGAUGGCGAUGCUUACAAAACAGAGGGACAAUCUAGCUCAGUCAAUAGACAUCUACAGGAAUUGGUUUGAUACUGCUAAUCGGCUUCUGUCCGAAAUAAAAUGUCAGGCUCAGGAAGCUGAAACAAAAGAAGCCCAUCUGAAGGCUGAACUGAAAAAAGAGCAGAUUGAGCUACCUCAGAUAGAUGUUGUACAAUAUGUUGACUCUCUCCUGAAACAGAAAAUUUCUGAACAGGAAGAAAUAAAAAAACAACCUAGAAGAACAUGUGCAAUUGCCAACUAUCCAAAAGGCAGCCAAGAUGUUUUAGGCAAGAUUGCACACUUAGCACAGAUUGAAGAGAAUGAAGCAGCAAAGGUUAUCUCAUGGCAUUUGGCAAGUGACAUGGACUGUGUAGUCACUCUGACAACUGCUGCUGCUCGACGUAUCUUUGAUGAAACUCAGGGCCGGCAGCAAGUGUUGCCUCUGGAUUCUAUUUACAAGAAGAAUCUUCCAGACUGGAACAGGUCCUUACCACAUUUACGAAAUGGAAGGAACUGUUUCUAUCCUCUUGGAAACCCAGUGUUUGCUAGAGAUUUGCUAACAUUUCCAGAACACCAAGAAAGCUGCCAGACAGUGUUUGGAUUGAUCUUAGGAGACACCAUUAUUAUUGACAGUUUGGAUGCUGCCAAUCAUUAUAGAAAAGAGGUUGUUAAAAUUGCCUAUUGCCCAACUUUGCUGACAAGAGAAGGAGACAGAAUUCGCGGCAAUGGAAAAUUUGGAGGCCUUCAGAAUAAAGCUCCUCCCAUGGAUAAACUUAGAGGAAUGGUAUUUGGAGCACCUCUGCCAGAACAUUACUACAAUCUCUCCAAACAGAUAGAACUUCUUCAGCAGUACCAUGCAGCAGUUGUCAGACUUAAUAAAGUAACUGCAGAAUCUGAAAUGCAAGAGCAGUCAUUAAACACUCCAGAAGUGCAAAAAAAGAAAAAAGAAUUUGCUGAGAAAGAGAGGGAUCUCAAGUUAAUAGAGGAGAAAAUAGGUAUGACCCCAACGGGUCGAUGCAGCAAAUCACGACUUCAAUCAGAAGUGCUUGACAAGAAUGACGGUCCCAGUCCUCCAAAAAGAACACGGAGAGAAAUAGCAAAAAAUUUACACAGUUCGGAAGAAUGGGUCUCGUCUCCUCUCACAAAGAGACAACAGCAGACCACAACUGAAGUUAAUGGAUCAUCUAGAAAAAAGAAAAUCUAACUGGUCAAAUUGGUUACAGAAGUAGCUCUAUAUUGAAAUGCAAACAAUACAAAACAAAUACAAACAUACAAAAAUUGUUGUUACUGUCAUUAAUACUUUUGUACUGAUUAAAGAAAAAAGCAUUUUGUUGUAGCAACAACCAUUUCAUUUAGCAUAAUUUGUAUAGUUUUUUAUUUUUGUUGUUUAGCAGUUAUUAGACUAUAAAAUGUGCAAAUAUAAAUGUUUUAUUUAUAAACAACUUCAAAUUUUGCAAUAAAUAUUGAAAUAUUAAAAA